GAGAGAGCCCCACCCAUGGCCAAGAAGCCAGCCAUAGCCAAAGCUUCCUUCGAAGCAGAGCAUCAUAGUAUAGAGAGAUAGAGAGAGAGAGAGAGAGAGCGAGCAGUCAUAUACAGACAAGCCCAACCUGCUGUCCCCUCCAUUUCUUGUUCACCUCUCCUCCUCCUCUUAUGCUCUUCUCUUUCAUGCUCUGAGCUAACCCUUCUCUUCUUCCCCUUCUUCUUUCCUCUCUCUCUCUCUCUCUAUCUAUCUCUAGAACAGUGGGGGAGAGACAGCGAGAGAUGGUGCUGGGUCCCAACGGCGUCGUUUGGAUGGACGGCGUCCCGGAGGAUGACGACGCCAUCUCGUGGGCCCGGAAUCCUGCCGCCGGCGAGGAGGUGGACCCGGACCCCAAGCAGGAUGACAUCUCAAUGUCCAUGUCCAUGUCCUUCAGGUCCAUGCUGGACUCCGAAGCCGCCGCCAACUGGUACUUCAACCCCCAGCCCCCGCCGCCGCACCAGCAGCCGCUCCAUGACCUCUCCGCCGGCCUUCACCAGCAGCCCCCGCCGGACCUCCACAGCCUCGCCUUCCUCGACUCUUCCUCCUCUGCCUGCUCCCCUACCCAGCCCCCAUUCCUCGGCUUCGACUUAGGCCCUGACGCUUCCCUCCAUUUCCUCCCCCCUUUCGACCCCCCCAACCUCCUCCCCAACCCCAACCCUAACCCCGCCGCCGCCGCUCCUCCCGAGCUGGGUCCGGGCCUGCUCGGGUUCUUCGAGGGCUUGGACGGGCCCUCGAGCCUGAACCCUCCACUGUUCUUCAACCGCCCCAAGGUUCUGCGCCCGCUGGAGGUGUUGCCCCAAAUGGGGGCGCAGCCCACCCUGUUCCAGAAGCGGGCUGCGAAGCUUGGCAUCUCCGGAGGUCCCGAUUUCGGGGAAUUCGACAACAAGAGGAAGCGGGUCAAGGAGGACGUCGGGGAGAUUGUUGGGGACGACGUAGUAUCGGGAUUCAAUUACGACUCUGAUGAGGGGACCGAUCAAAUUAUGAGCGGCGCCUGCGGCAAGAUUGCCAUUGGAGGUGGGGAUAGCAGCGGGAAGAACGAGACUUCGGUGGGGAAUAACAGUACGGUGACGGUGGGGGGAGACCAGAAGGGCAAGAAGAAGGGCCUGCCAGCGAAGAAUCUCAUGGCGGAGCGGCGGCGGAGGAAGAAGCUCAACGACCGGCUUUACAUGCUCCGGUCUGUGGUUCCGAAGAUCAGCAAGAUGGACCGAGCUUCGAUCCUGGGGGAUGCAAUUGACUACCUGAAGGAGCUUCUGCAGAGGAUCAAUGACCUCCACAACGAGCUGGAGUCGACCCCGCCUGGAACUCUGCCCCCUACGACGAACUUCCAUCCAUUGACUCCCACCCCUCCGACUCUCCCUUGCCGCGUGAAGGAAGAGCUGGGCCCAAGCUCGUUGCAAAGCCCCAAAGGCCAACCUGCAAGGGUUGAAGUGAGGGUGAGGGAAGGAAGGGCGGUGAACAUCCACAUGUUUUGUGCGAGGAGACCAGGCCUCCUGCUCUCCACCAUGAGGGCUCUCGACAACCUUGGACUGGACAUUCAGCAGGCUGUCAUUAGCUGUUUCAACGGGUUCGCCUUGGAUGUUUUCAGAGCUGAGCAAUGUAGGGAAGGCCAAGACGUCCUCCCGGAGCAAAUCAAGGCAGUGCUGCUUGAUUCAGCCGGCUUUCAAAAUAUGAUGUGACCAAGGUUGUCGAAACGAGUCGUUUUAACCGAGGGUAAUAAAGCGACCGCUAACCCUUAGCUAGCAGUUCUGUGGCAGUCAAGUCUAUGGGAAAAUCGGCUUCAUGCGCUUUGUCAUUCUCAAUUGUCAAUUCAAGGAUUAUGCCUGAAGCAAAAAAAAAAAAAAAUCAAGUUGGAAGUAGAGAGUUAGCAAAUUUUAUGUGAAGUCUUAGGGUUUGACUCAAUCUUUUAACUUUAGAUGGAAUGUAAUUUCUUAUGCUUUCACCUUGGAAAAGGCCAUUGAUAAGGGCCUUUGUUCUAAAGUUAUCUUCCCAUAUAUGAUUCAUGCCCUUUUCUCAAA